CUGUGGAUGAGAUCCAAAUGCUGUACGUACCAAGUUCACCGACGACGCACCAUGGACAUACCAGUAGUUCAGUUGAGUCUAAUGGCCGAUUCCAUCACCCCUUAGGUAUUAUAGGCGGGGAGUGCUAUGCAACAACGAGGCCCUGAUUUCUCUGCUGGUUUAAAGGAUUGUGGUCGGACCUUCCACUUUCACAGUCCAGAAGCCAAGAAGUAUCGUCAAGGUACAACCCGGGUACGCCAUACUGCGGCUUGGCCUGGCCAGGUCAUGAUGAACUUGACAGACUCAAGCCUCCGCGGGCCAAGGAUUCUGCGGAUAGUGACACUCCAAACUUCAUAGUCACCAUGGUCGCCAAAAAGAAAGCGUCGCUCCAAAGCCUCAAGGCAGGCCGUCCGCCUACGGCCAAGUCUGGCCGAUCCAUGUCCCGCAAAGCCAGCCGGACCCUUAUUAACACGCACCACCAGCUGGAGAAAAGGCGUCGGCAAGCCACAGCUAUGGGAGACGGCCAGGCAGAGGCUGCCAUUGCCGCCGAAAUUGCUUCUCUCGGCGGCCUGGAUCACUAUCAGCAAGCGAGUUUGCAGGGACAAAGACUCGACCGCGGUGGCGACACGUCAAAGGUUCUGCUCGAGUGGCUGCCAACGAAGAAACUGGCCACAGGGCGCCAGCGGCUUAGGAUGUUGGAGGUUGGGGCGUUGAGCACCCGCAAUGCUUGCUCACGAAGCGGGCUCUUCGACAUGGUGCGCAUCGACCUAAAUAGCCAAGAGAAAGGCAUCGUCGAGCAAGACUUCAUGGAACGCCCGCUGCCAUCCAGCGACGCGGACAAGUUCGACGUCAUCUCUCUAAGCCUCGUGUUGAACUUUGUGCCCGAGGCUGAGAGCCGCGGUCAAAUGCUUAUGCGAACGCUUUCUUUUCUACGAAAGCAGGUUAUGGCGACCCAGGACCAGGUUCCGUUCCCGUUGCUCUUCUUGGUUCUGCCUAGGAGUUGCCUGAGCAACUCGCGAUAUAUGACGGAGUCGCGCCUGGAAGAACUCAUGAGUGACUUGGGCUAUCGGCGCAGCCAGACAAAGAUGACCCAAAAGCUGGCCUACAGCUUAUGGCGGAACACUCAACUUCUCACACCAACGGAAAUCGCCUUCACUAAGCGGGAAGUGAACCCCGGCAGGGCUAGGAACAACUUCGUCAUUACAUUGCACCACCGCGGAGACCGAUGAGAAAAAACUGAGAGAAGCAAUCACUGCAGUUUCAGGCAAACCACUAGCGGCAAACACUUCAAUGAGAGCAUGAUUAUUCUGAUGUACUGGAUGCCUCCAGCACAUGUCGUCAAAGAGAAAUUCUAACCGAACCCGUCUCCUGGCUUAGGUGAGGACCAUGACGUAGACAUCCACGAGUUGUAGAAUACUUCAAUUCCAGACGCAGACAACGCCGCAACACAGCCUCUCGCUAUUCGCAGGGGGUCGAUAGCGUGGCUUUCCUUGUCGAGGGUAGUCACACCGAUGAUGCUUCUUCCGCAAUGGUCCUGGCGAACAUGAAUGAGGCGGGGGAAAAGUGUUAAUUUAGACGACAGGUCUAUGGAAAGUUACCUAAGGCUUUCAGUGAAGC